AUGUCGGGAUCUGCGCAGCGGAAUUUGACGCUCACCGAGGAGCUGGAGAAGCUGGAACAAUCCAUCACUUUGACACUGCAAGAAAUCGAUAGCAACUUUUCUCGAGCCCACCGAAUCGUCACAACCAGUAUUUUGCCUGUGGUCGAGCAGUAUGCAGAGCAAUCAAAGGAUGUUUGGGAAGGAGCCAAAUUUUGGAAACAAUUCUUCGAAUCAAGCGCGAAUGUAUCGCUGUCGGGGUACGAGGAGCAACCAAACGAGGACACCGAACACGAGCAGACAGUCACAGAAGAUUCGACAAUAGCAGACACUACCACGCAUACUACAGCUGAAGAGGGAGAAGAAGGAGACGAAGAAGGCGCUUCAUAUGAGACUCCAUCAUCGGCACAACACCUUGAUAUUGGCGAGCACAACAACGAGCUCGACUUUUCGUCGCUGACGAUAUCUCCGUCGCAUAGCACGCCGCGACCGACAAGCUAUCAUAAGGGGAAGAACGCACCUUAUAAUACUGGAGUCGACGAAUCGCCGUCGCUGGUUGCAUAUCCCUCGCUAUACCACCACGGUGCCGACAAUGGAGAUGACGUUUCAGCUCUUCCAGAGGAGAAUACACCAGUAACACCCGGAAGAUAUACCAGCAAAUACCACCAGCAAAAUACCCCAAUGUCGUCUCCCUUCAUCCCUCCUUCUUCACACAAGCCGUCAACUGCGAAAAGAACAAACAAUAACAAAAAACCAACCGACCCUGUCCUACACCAUGUCCUCGACAAGACCUAUCGCGUACAAGCAACACCACUAUCCAAGAGCAGCAGCAGCUACAAACCCACAAAAUUCACCGUUUCCACGCCCAAGGACAAAACCCCUCGCUACACAUUCGACGACUCCCCCAUUUCCAGUCCCGAAUUAGAGGCUCCCAAACUCCACGAAGAAAUCUUCUCAUCUCCACUAAAGGGGAUCAUGUCAAAUACACCGGGAACUGGCGGCCGCAGCAGAACGCGUCGACGCGGCAGCAGCACCGCCAGCCCUAACAAACGCACAACUCCCAGACCCGGUGUCAGCGUACUUACACCUGGUAAACCCAAAACGACAGCAACAGCAACAAUAGCCAAAGACAGCUGGAACAGCGACGACGACGACGACGACGAUGAUGGCUUUGGAAAAUAUACUACCGAUGACGACGACACGGGCGCCCCUUACGAAAUGAGUCCGCCGAAAACAAUGCAAUUUCAUAUUCCGCAAAGCCGUCUAAUGAAAACACCAGCCAAAGAAGCAUCCAAACGUAUUGUAUCAGAUCUUCUCGCCACAGCCGGCGGCGGCGGCAGUAAUGAAGAUGACGACGACGACGACGACGAGAACUAUGCCGACCAAAGCUAUGCAAAGCAUCAAUACUAUCAAACCCCCGGUGGUGGCGACGAUGAAGGGUAUAGUCCGACUCUAGUGCGCAGUGGGGCUCGUAUAGAAGAUGAUACUUUUUAA